GGUGGAGCUCAGAUUCUUCAGUUAACUGUCGCCCUGUCCCCUCCCCCUCAUCACACACACCGGGGUCUGCCAGGAUAGGACAGCCCCCUGAAGCUCCCUCAGAGACCCAAGGCCAUCAGGCAUUGCUGUGCCCUUGGCCCCCAUGGACCCCAUGAGGCGGUCCCCCUCCCCCUGCUCAUCAAGACCCUCCAGCCCCAGGACCCCACCCUGCAAGAUGCUUGGCUAUGUGGGCAUAGAAGCCGUGCUGGACCAGCUGAAGAUCAAGGCCAUGAAGAUGGGGUUUGAGUUCAACAUCAUGGUGGUGGGGCAGAGCGGGCUGGGCAAGUCCACAAUGGUGUACACCCUCUUCAAGUCCAAGAUGUGGAAGUCCACCAUACCGGGCCUGGGGAUGCCCACACCCCAGACGCUGAAGCUGCAGUCGGUGACUCACGUCAUCGAGGAGAAGGGCGUGAAGCUCAAGCUGACAGUGACCGAUACACCCGGCUUUGGAGACCAGAUCAACAACGACAAGUGCUGGGACCCCAUCCUAGGCUACAUCAAUGAACAGUAUGAGCGGUACCUGCAGGAGGAGAUCCUCAUCACCCGCCAGCGCCACAUCCCCGACACCCGGGUGCACUGCUGUGUAUACUUCGUGCCGCCCACCGGACACUGCCUGCGGCCCCUGGACAUUGAGUUCCUACAGCGGCUAUGCCGGACCGUGAACGUGGUGCUUGUGAUUGCCCGGGCCGACAGCCUGACCAUUGAGGAGCGAGAGGCCUUCAGGCGCAGGAUCCAGCACAAUCUGAGGACUCACUGCAUCGACGUGUACCCACAGAAAUGCUUUGAUGAGGACAUCAACGACAGGAUCCUCAACAGCAAGAUCCGGGACCGGAUCCCCUUUGCUGUAGUCGGGGCUGACCAAGAGCACCUGGUGAAUGGGAGGUGUGUCCUGGGCCGGAAGACCAAGUGGGGCAUCAUUGAAGUGGAGAACUUGGCGCACUGUGAGUUUCCCCUCCUGAGAGACCUGCUCAUCCGCUCCCACCUCCAAGACCUGAAGGACAUCACCCACAACGUCCACUACGAGAACUACCGCGUCUGCAGACUCAAUGAGAGCCACCUGCUGCCUCGUGGGCCUGGCUGGGUUAACCUGACCCAGGCCCCUGCAGGCCCCCCAGCCACCCCGCGGCCCUCAAAGGUGCGCCACCAGGUCCAGGAUGACUCCAAAGAUGAUGAGGAGUACUGAGCACCAGGGCACCUGGGGCCUCGGGGCUCCCAGUGUCCUUGGCAGCCCCCAACACACAGCUAUGUACUAGAGCAUGUAUUAAAGGUGGACAUUGCUUUUCAUGAAAAGCUGUGCUUUGAAAACAAAAGGCAUUCUGUAAAUGAUUUCUUUGAGCUAUCCUCAAAUAAAA